UUUUAAUUUAUAGAUAUAUUUUGCUGGUCAUGGGGGACCGGGGUUUCUUAAUUUCCCAGAUUCAGAAUAUUUAUCAGCUGUCAAAUUCAGAGAUAUUUUGAAGAAAAUGAAGAUUAUGGGGAGGUUCCAGAGAAUGCUUAUUUAUAUUGAGGCCUGUAACUCUGGUUCUAUGUUUGAAGGAGAGGAAGAUUUCUUUUACAGGCACGGAAUAUUAGGAAUUACUGCGUCCAAUGCUACUGGGUCUAGUUUUGGAUGCUGCUUUGAUCAGCAGCUUGGCAGCUUCCUAGGAGAUGCUUUUAGUGUCAGUUUGUUUACAAGCAACAGAGUUCUCAACACUGAAACCAGUUCUGUACUGCAGCAAGUGCAGUACGUUAAGGAAUCUGUAAACAAGAGCAGUGUAUCCAUGUAUGGAGCUAAACAUCUGGAAGAAGAUAAACUUUUCAGAUUCCUGGGACGAAAUCAGGGUUUUAUAGAAAAUACGGAGAACAUCCUCAACCCUACGGAUAUUACUGACGUUAGAUUUAUACCUACGCUUUAAUUAGAGAGGGAAAAAAUUAUUGUAAAAAUUGAAAAUAUCCUAGAAGGGAUGAAUUAGAGAUAAGAGAGUUACAGAGAUCGAUGGAAACCUAUGAUAUGCAAUAUUUCCCACAGAUGCAUGUUCUACUGUGUACAAGUACUGUACACGACCAAUCAGCAAACAGCUGUAUUCAGGGUUAUUAAAGGAUCCUUUGGAUACGCAAGACAAAUAGACUGAAUUAACAAAUGUUAUGUUUAAAAUUGGAAUAUUUCUUUAAAAGUUGUAAAACUUAACCCCUGAGUGGGUAUAAUGUUCAACAAGUGGCCGUGAGAUGGCACUCUAAAAACCUAUCGUAAAAAUGUAGCAUGUCGUGCCGGGUCAACAUAGGCCUAGACGUAGCCCAUCCUGUGAAAGGAGAUAAGCAGUCGGUGUAGUCUGUGGGAAGAAUAAGGAGGAAUUACAACGUUGUUCGUUUGCAUCAAGGUACAUUCCAGUUCAUUUCAUGUACCGGGCUGAAUUUCAACUAGCCAGGGCAAGCAGUACAGUACAAAUACAGACUAUA